CUCAUGUUGAUCCCAUCCUAUCCCAUCCCAUCUCAACUGAUCCUAAAACUCAUCAUCAUCAUCAUUACACGUAAUAGUCCUCUCACCUAGAACCGCCCUAACUUCUAAGGACCAUUAUUACUUUGGUUGUCGUCUUCUCCUCUAGACCCUGGCGUUUCGGCCCAUGGAAAGCCUAUAUUUAGAGUCGCGCAUUUCACGGCGGAUGCACCAUCAUCUCGACUUGACCACACGUUGUCCAAGCUGAUUGAUCCUUCCCACUUACCUACAAGAUCAGAUCUCACCGGCAACCCACUUCUCCGCCAUCUGCACUCGGUCUCAACAUCAGGCUCGAGCCCUCGAUUUAGGACAAUCCAUCCUUCCUCUCACUCGUCCUAGUCGAGCCUCCAUCCUCGUGGCUACGCGCCACCUCGAGGCACCACCCGCCAUUCCUCGACUGCGACUCGUUGCUUUAGCCGACCACAUCUUCACGGACUUUCAUUAACGCCUCAACGUUACCCGCCCACGCAUCUUCGCCUGGGCUGUCCGCCUUGAUCCCUGACUUUGAUUUAUUUCUUCCUCGACUGCCACCGCCGCCAUUCCCCUCCAACGUGGAACAACACGCCUUUCAGCUUGUCACACCCUCUUGAUCGCCGCCGCUCCAGGCGACCUACCCUCUGUCAUUUUGUCCUCCACGUAACCCAACAUGGCCACAAUCACCGCCUCGCCGCCAGCCAUGUCGCCUCCUCCGACCGGCCAGUCUACCUCUUCACCUUCACUCCCUCCUUUAGUCACCUCGACUCCCACCCCUCGCCGCACUCCUGCGCAGAGACCUACAUCCUAUGCUGAAAGGCGCAUGUCGUCCUUUUCCACACAUUCGAAAGCUUCGCAACAACCUCAAUCUCGCCCCGUGUCCCAUGUCUUUCCUCUCUUUCAUUCUAGCCUGCCAUAUACCCUUGUUCGAGAUUUCGCGUAUCUGCCGACCCACCCAUUACAUUAUGGUCCACCUGCAACGCCAUCAGGUAUCUCUACUCCAGCCAGUGAGGCGAGAAGAUUAUCCGACCCGGCACUGUCAACCUGGGAAGAUGGACGAGGACAGUGGUCUGCCACACCACCCUGGAUAUCAGACACCAGUCCAUCUCUGAGCCACAAAGAGAGACUGCCGGCCAUGACAUUCAGUGAUGGAGGCCCUCCUUACAGCGAGGAUGACGAUAUUCAAUCUCCCAUAGUAACCACCACUAGACACAAGAAGAACAAGUCUAAUGAAAGAGGCCGGUCACCCGGUGCCGCUGGUCCCAAUCGAGGAUUUAUUGUCGGGUCAAGCGGACCGCUGGACGAAUUGGAUGGUCCCGGCGAAGCGGUUGAAACCUUUCAAAACCAUGGCUUGCGCUUUCCUCAUCAACCUCAACACCGAGAUUCCAACUUUGCCAAGCCGUUGCAACGAAACACAUCUCCUCAACAUCAGAUUCAGGACCCCACCUCUGAGGAGGAGGAAUAUUCCGACGGCGACGAUGAAAUUCGAUUUUCCAAAGACUAUUCUUUCACGAUUGCCAGCCCGGACGAGGAAAUGCAUGGCAAGGCCGUCGCAUUGUUUGACUUUGAAAGCGAGCAUCAAAACGAGUUGCCAUUGAAGGAGGGUCAAGUGAUUCUGGUAUCGUAUCGCCUGUCCCAAGGAUGGCUCGUGGCGGAAGAUCCCAGAACUGGAGAGAGUGGCCUGGUUCCUGAAGAAUUUGUCAGGCUCUUGCGACAUAUCGAGGGUGGUCUUCACGGCCUGAACUCGGUCACCCUAGAACCCGAUGAACACACCACAGACCUGACCAGUCCAGUCUCGGCCGAUCAGAGUUCGAUGGACACCCCAGUCCCCAACAAGCACGACUUUCAGCAUCACGCGCUCAAGGCGAGCACGGGUAGCAAUGCUGAAAAGCACCCUCCGAUACAAUCUACGUUCAGCACCAGCACUCGAGACUUCAGUCCCUAUCCGCUGGCUGGAAGAUCUGAUGAUGCGACUACUCCAACCGUACCGCCGCAGAGAGACAACCCGGAUGCCUCGAGCUGACACUCGGCCCAAGAUGAUGAUAAACUACUGUCCAGCUAUCUGCAUUACAAUGCUCUUAUUUCGGUAUGAUCAAACACGGUGAAAUGUCAAGAGCCAUCGACUCCUCACAAGAGCUCACAGUGAGGCAGGAUGUCCAAGCUGAAACACGUGUUUAGCAUCUAGAGCAGCACUUUGCUGGUUGAGGUGGCCUUGCCAUCAGUGCAACGCAUAUAUGAUAUCUCGGCAGGAUCAACCCGUCAGAGAUGAAUACUUAUGGAUCAAUGACUUUCGGUGAUUUCUUUGCAUCCAUCCAUCCACUGUAGCUCGGACAUGUGACUUGUGAGUAUCGUGACUCGGAGAGAUAUUCAACGGCAUUGUUGAUUCGAGACGAUUGCUACACCCGAAUGACCCGGUGAUCUUAUAUUGUUUCAACAUAGGUUUACCAUGUUCAUCAGACCCUGCAGACCUGUCUCUGUAGAUCACGG